UCUGCCGUGCGGCUGGCAGUCAGUCAGUCAGUCACCAUGGUGCAGGCCUGGUACAUGGAUGGCAGCACGGAGGAUCAGAGGAAACCUCACCGAUUAGAGCCAGACCGGCCCGUUACCGAACAACAGCUCAGCGAGCUGGGAGUGCACGCAUUCAAAUUGGAUGCUGACAGUUACGAGACUGAUCCUGAGCUGGCCAAGAUUCGCAAGGAAAAUAAUUACUCCUGGAUGGAUAUAAUAACAAUACAUAAAGAUACACUGCCAAAUUAUGAACAGAAGUUGAAGAUUUUUUAUGAAGAGCACUUGCACCUAGAUGACGAAAUCCGUUAUGUCCUGGAAGGGAGUGGAUAUUUUGAUGUGCGAGACAAAGAGGAGCGCUGGAUCCGAAUUUCCAUGAAGAAAGGAGACAUGAUUACAUUACCAGCUGGCAUUUAUCACCGAUUUACACUGGAUGAAAAUAAUUAUAUCAAAGCAAUGCGAUUGUUUGUUGGAGAACCAGUCUGGACACCGUACAACCGUCCAGCUGACAGCUAUGAUGCUCGAACAAAAUAUCUGCAGUUUCUGGAACAAAAAGCAUAGUUUUUUUUUUUUUUUCAUUUGAAA